AGACGGCGGAAUUUAGUUGUUUCACAAAACUCAAAUAAAGUGGUUGCUUCCUAAACUGUUUGUGUAGGCAAAAUUCCUUAGUUGUGAGAUAUGAUUCUGUAUGGUGGGGCUUCGACUGUUAUUCUGGGCUUUAAAAAUGAAACGUUCUUCCUCUCACUCUCUCCGUGCCUCCCUCCAACUCAACCCACGAACUUGAUUCAUGCAUGGAAGAAGCAUAUGCUCAUAUUGCAUGAAAUAGGAAAUAUUGGACUAGAAUUAAUAAAAACAACAAGUUCUGUGUUGACUCUUGGACAACAUAUGGAAUGUUAAAUCAAAUUCCAAUCGGCUAUAAUUGACUUGUAAGAUUAGGUAUUGCUUGGAUACUGAAGAACCCCUUGAAACCAGAGGUUGGAAUGGAUGGAAAAGUUGGUACCUGGGUAAAUACCUUCUUCGUGAAGGUUUUUGCUUAAGGACAUCGAUGCUUGUCUUCAGCGGCUGUACAAUAUGUGUUUCUGCCGGCAUGUAUGGAAUCAUUUAGCCAACUUGAGGGUAUUUGUUUAGUUGGAAGAGCCUUCUGACUGCAAAAGUAAAAUGAGCUUCAGUACAGUCGAAAGUCUUAAGGCUCGAGUUAUUAGCAGUUCUCAAAGAAAGCUUCAAGCAGAAUUGCAGAAGGAGAGAUUGGCUCGUUGAUGGUCGUUUCUGGUAUAGUUUGUUCCAGACUUCAAGGAAUCAGUGAUCAUGACACACGAUUCCUUAUUAUCCACUGCUGGAUGCCCUGGAGUUCCUCAAUGCUUCGCUUAUGUUAUUAGAUGGGAUUUUUUUAGAUCUACUUGUUUCGAUGAUUCCUUCUGUUGGAGAACUGCUGAUUGGAGCUGUUCGACAUGCAUUGGACUAUCUUGUUGCCGAUAUCAAAUGGUCUUGACCCUUGUAGCAGAAAUCAAUGUUGCAGUGUCUCCUUGCUUGACUGGCCAAAUAAAAUUCUUAGGAGGUUAUGGAAUGUAGCUAAGUUUGCUCAUAUCUGCAGGUGCUUCAUUGCUAGCUUCUAGGUAGUUGGUAGUCUCAGCAGAGUCAAAUAAAAAUGGGUGAAGUAGCUAUUGAACAGCGAGGGUUUCAACAGUUUGAUGCGGAAAACCUUCAGCGUGUCUUCUAUGAAGAGAGUCAGACAGACACUGAGUUCACAGUCCUUCGGCAGAUGAAUGGGGAACCGAUGCCUGUCGAGAAAACUAAAGAUGAUGCUAGUGCUACUGAGUUGCUAGAGAGAGGGUGCUUGCAGUACGGAUGUCCUCAUUACCAUCAAAGGUGCCGCAUUAGAGCCCCCUGUUGCAAUGAGAUUUUUGAUUGCCGUCACUGUCAUAAUGAUGCAAAGAAUAAUAUCGAUGUAAACCAAAAGGAGCGACAUGAGUUGCCUCGCCAUCAAGUUCAACAGGUUGUAUGUUCACUCUGUGGUACUGAACAAGAGGUCCGCCAGGUGUGCAUCAACUGUGGUGUUUGCAUGGGGAAGUAUUUUUGUGGGACUUGUAAGCUUUUCAAUGAUGAUGUGAGUCAAAGCUUUUUUAUCUGGCUGGUCAAUUUCUUUUGUGCGUCUAGGACAGUGACAUUGGUCGAGUCUCUCUCUAUGUCAGACGAAGUCUCUUUCUGCCCUCUCCCCCUAGCAAUUAGCAUAAAAAUACUCUUUCUGCUCAAUUUCUUUCAUCUUCUUCAUCAAGUCACACUUCAAAUUUCUCACACGAACUGCUUUGAGCCUGGAGGACGAAGAUGGUUUGAUGGGUUGAGGUCUAGCAGGCGACCAUGCAGAUCUUGGGGUCGUGGAGGGCACGCCACCUAA